UCUACUGAGAUUAUUAGCCGCCUUUGCGGCUUUUCGCCCCGCCUCUCUCCCCUUACUGCUACUACAACAACUACAACUACUCUACUCUACGCAAUCUCAGCAUCAUCUACUACACCUACCCUAUUCUACACUACUACCGCCACCAAAAGACUCGAAAAAAAAGAGAAGACAUGGGCAAACGUCACAACAGAAAGCGAACCAGAAGCCGUCCCAGGAACCGCAAUAACAACAACAACAACAACAACCACAAUAAUCCUAAUGCCAACAACAACCUGAACAUUAACACGACACCAAUCCACAUCCGCAGCGAGUCUGUCAGCACCGCCUCUUCGACUCUCUCGCCAACAAGCUCUUGCUUCCAGCCCUCUGGCUGCCCGCUCGCCAACGUGCCAGCAAACCACUGGCAGCAGACAUACACAGCAUGGCAGAUGCGCCUGCGAAUUCAGCGGGAGCAGGAGCAAGAGCUAGAGCUAGAGACGCAGCGACUCCGCAUCUUUGGUGGCUUACCGGAGGAUGAGCGGUGUCUGAUGGAACCCAUGCUCAAAGUUGUCACGGAUCUCUUCGACGGCUUCUACGACUACGAGGACCCUUGAACAAAAGCAGAAGGACAACGACCAUAGAAGCCCCCGGGGAGCCAUGAACCUGCAUUCCACGACCUUUUUUACUCCACUCUCGUGCAUCGCAUGGCAUGGCCACUUCCCCGACCCCACUUUUUUGGUGGGCUGGUCGCAGGGGGUGGGGGUGGUAGAGGCGGUGAGAGUACCACCUCGUUGUUACCACGCCUGUACACAUACAUACACGUCGUCUCUUUUGUGUAUGUGUCUAGACCCUCGUGGCACGACCCGCAUCCCCCCUCCCCCCCUUUAAUGCGUGUCCCCAAUAAAUCACCCCUCUUCGUCGACAACACGACUCCACUGCUUUUUACUAUCCGCUUUAGGGAUUAAGCGUUAAGGAUUCUUUGUCCCCUGAGGCGACCGACUCUUUUUUUCUUCUGCUUCGCUUCGCUGUUUUGGCCCAAGCACUACUACACACUCUUAAUUUGAACGACAUCCAAGUUUUCAACAACUCAGAACUUUUUUUU